AUCUUUCUCGCCUGUCGCAAAUCCGAGACUUGUCUUCAUUACCAUUCAAUAGUUCGGUUCGCCUUGGCUUUCUCACCUUUUCCCAAACUUCCAGUCUAUCCAUAUCACAAACACCCAAGUUCACUCCAGUUCAGCUCAGCUCAUCUCAGCAAUCCACUCUCACUCGCCUUACUUACACCCGCCUAUCUCAACUUAUCGGGCCUAUCCCUAUCAGAUAUAUACGAUUCUAUCUACUCUCCACAGAAUGAAUUUAGAAAACGUCACCACUGUCGAGGAGCUACAACGUCAGCUAGAAGCCGCCAACGCAAGAAAUUCACAGCUUGAGCACUUCGUCCAAAGUCAACUCAGAGGAGACCCUACAGUUCUAAAUCAUGUCGCUCAGAACUUUGCCCAGGGAGGUUUCCAGAUCCCAAGCAAUGCUGUCUCAAAUUCACGAAGUGUUGGUCUCUCCCGUAGCAAGUCCACCAUGGCAUAUCCCACACAAGUGAAAUCCGCCAUCACGGAACGGUUUCAGGCACAUAAGCGUGAGAGAAGGGCCUUUUCUCAACAGUCAAGCUCCGCACUACCCAUGAGCCGCAGUGUUUCAAAUCGUUCAGAGACUCAUAUGCCUUUCUCACAAACCGGCAACCGCAUUGCGCCCCUGAGCUCAACCAUGGACCGAUUUACUUCACCCCAAAACCAGUCUGCCAACCUGCCCCUUGAAGCCGCCUCAAAUCAACUUCAAUGCGUCCAGGAGAACCAACCUCUACUCAACAUCGGUAUGGACCCAGAAGACUUCCUAAAACAGUGGCCCGAGACCCCACAAGCUCCUCAGCACUACGACUCAGCCUUCUCGGGAAUGACUUACAACAUGGUGGCCGACAACCAAUAUGCCGCUCUAUCAACAACUAUUCCUUCCAGCUACCCCAUGUCUUCGGCUUGCCCAUCGAUGAUCUCCGGCCCAUCCGCUGCUGAGGCCGCGAGCCCCUUGACCCGCCAGAAUAGCUCUUACGACAACUACGGCGCUGGCAUGGAGCGUAUGGAAUCUUCCCAGUCCCAGGCCGAUGCACUAUUCGCUCCCGAUCUGUCCCCUACCUCUGUCAACAUGUACCCCGCCAGCAAGCAAUAUACCUCUGAGCAAGACCUCUUUGGUCUCGGUGCCAGCCUCACUUCUGCCAAUGUUCAGCAGUAUGUCGACUCCAACGGAAACACUUUGAUGGAGUCGCCCGAAUCUACCGACAUGGAACGUUCAUUCUCCAAUGCCAGCAUGUCCAGUGUUCGAUCAAACGCUUCCAACCUGGAACGCCGAGCUAAGGAGGCCCGUGAGCGAGUUCUACAAGCAGCCAAGACUAUCCAGCUCGCCCCCAAGCCUAAGGAGGAGCUUGCCAAGAGCGAAGCCAGCUCUUCCGCCGCUUCAAAGGAAGCCAAGCUCCCCGUCAACAAGACCAACUACCAGCGCCCCAAGCACCCCAAGGUCUACUGCACUCAGUGCAACGACCACCCCGAUGGCUUCCGUGGUGACCACGAACUUCGCCGACACGUCAACGCCAAGCAUGAAGGCACUGUCAAGAAGUUCGUCUGCCGGGAUCCCGCCUCUGUUGGCAUUGAGAGUAAUGUCAAGGCUGUCAACCCCUUGUCCAAGUGCAAGGCUUGUAUCUCCGGAAAGGAGUACGGCGCCUACUAUAACGCCGCUGCUCAUCUUAGACGCACUCACUUUAAGCCCAAGACCCCCCGCGGCAAGAAGGGUGCCAACUCUGAUGAGAAGCGUGGUGGUAAGGGUGGUGGCGACUGGCCUCCUAUGUCCGAACUCAAGGCUUGGUUCGUCGAGAAGAAAGUCAAAGUUGACUUUAACGAGUCCCCCAUGCCUGAGCAAGAUGAGUCUGAUGACAUGGUUGAGAGCGAGAUGGAGGGUUCCAUGCCUCCUCAGAUGGACAUGUUCCAGGGCAUCGGUAGUAACAUGACUCCUUUCAACAUGGAGACUGGCUACGAUCUUGCCGUUGAUGGCAUUGCCGAUCCUGCCAUCAUGGCUAGUGUCAAUGGCGAGCUUAUCUCUGCUCCCAUCUCAUCUGCUUCUGGCAACUUUGGCUACUCACCCUUCUCAAAUGCCUCCCCCAUUCAGGGACUUCCUGACAAUUAUGCUUUCUCCGAGCAUGCUACCUCUGCCUAUGGGUCCAAUCUCUCUUCUUCAAAUACCAUCACUCCUGCCACCUUCCAAGACAUGUCCCAUAUGGGUAUGGCUGACAAUGGCAUGUGGGUUUCCUAAAUGCUCUGCAGUAUGAGUCAUGAUCAUGAAGCUCGAUUUUGUUGUAAUCGGCGCUGUCCCCGCUUCCAUCGAUUGACGUGCUCCAACAUCGACCUCAACGUCGAGCCGUUGUUGAGCACAUGCCUCGAGGGAUGACAACGCAAAACAAAGAGCCCCAAAAAAAUCCGCGUCCGAGCCCGAGCCCAACUUGAGUCGAUACGAUAAUGGCUCAGUUGAACAAGACCACUUCUCGGUAUUGAGCCGUUCUGGUGAACGCGCGCGCCAUCUUCUUAAAGCAAGGAUCACCACCUUGGUUAUCUCUUUCACAUUCUCCUUCACACAUAAUGAUUUUCAGGAGCCUGUUAUAUGAUUGUGGUUAUUUCUUUUUUCGACUUUAUUCUUUUCACAUCCUUUUUCUUUACCGUCACGGCGUUGAUGAUUACCUUUCUGGAUUAUUUCCAGCGAGUCCCUUGGCAAACUAAACUGGUGGAUACGUUUCAAUCUGGCUGUGGCCCUAGAUGGGCAGCCAACAGGAUCGACCGCUUGAGCGGUGCGAGACCUAUACGUUUAUUCUCAGCGCGAUCGAAAGUGCUUCAUCGCGUGACUACGAUAUAUACUGGGCCGGGUCGGUAUCUGGAAGGAUUUUCCCAGGAGAGGAAAAAGAGGAGUCGGUUGCAUUUUUAUUUUUAUACAUCCGGUACAUGACAUGAGGAUGAAGGGAGUUCGAUGUUGACAUCUGAGCAUGGCGUUUUUUUUUGUUUCUGGGGUGCCCGUUCGGACGGGUCAGCGUUGAACCUCGAGAUCAAGAGGCGCUGUCAUCAUCCAUGCUUUAUUAAGUUAGAACAAGAGCAUUGGAUUGUGUUGGGUCGGUGUUUGGGGAUACUGUUCUAGUUGGGGUUAUAGAAUCUGAGGGCAUGCUGGGAAAUGGUGGGCUUGUCGCUUGGUUGGAAAAUCACUGAGCGGGUGGUUUGAUGAGUACCGUUUGCCUACAGAUAGGAACCUCUGCUGGCGUCAAGACGUAGGAGUCUGAGUCAGUAAUAGAUCGUGCUGAAAGAUGCACGCAUUUAUCCCUA